AUGUCAACACCCAAAAUAGCCUGCAUCGCUCUAAUCGGCCGCAACGUAUCCUCCCUGCCCCCAUCCUAUCCUAUCCCGUCCAAUCCUGUCCAAUCCCCAAGCUAACGAACGAACGAAAACCAAAAAAAAAAAACAGAACUCCCCCCUCCACCUCCACACCUUCCCUCAAUCUCCCACAUCCUCCCCAUCAACGCUAAAAUACCACUUCCUAACACACGCGACACUGGACGUCUUCCAGUCCCGCUUACCACUCAAGUCCAACGGCGACAGCGACUUUGGCCUUCUAUACAGCAUAGACGAGGAACUAGCCGCGUACGGGUGGCUGACGAAUACGGGUGUUAAGAUUGUGGUUGUUGUGGAUGUUGGAUCUGGCGCAGGGGGUGGUGGCGGUGGUGGCUUAGGGGUUAAGGAUGGGGAGUUGAAGGGGGUGAGUUUUGCUUGAUUGGUGGAGUGGAGGAGGGGCUAAUGAUGGGUGGAGUAGGUUUUUCGAGCGUUGCAGACGGCGUAUAUUCGGCUUGUUUGUAAUCCGUUUUAUGAGUUGGGUGCUGGCGGGGCUGGUGGGGGGAUGAUUACCAGUAAGAGGUUUGUGGAGGAGGUUAAGAGAAUUGGCGAAGGGUGGGUACCAGGUUCUGGAGCGGGAGGGGCUGCGCUUUGAGUGUUUUUCGCGUGGCAAUGGUAGUGGGGUAUGAAGGUUCCCGCUUUGUUUUAGAUAUCCUUGGUAAAAGCUUUUUUUCCUUUCCCGGGGGUGGGAGCGUUAUAAGUUGGUUUCAACUAAUGUUUCCUCACUCUAGUACAGUAAUACGGUAAUCACUCGGCGGACGGCAGCCAGCCAUGGGGUUUCAAAGCUUAAGAGCGCAGAUGACAUGACUAUGUAAAGAUCCAUAGCAUGUCGUGGUAUG